GGCCAAGCACAUUGGGACUGUGGGUGUAACCGGGGGUUGUAUGGUAUGGUCAUUCACCUUUCACGGAAUCUCUCAGUAGCAGCAGCAGCUUAUUCUUCUCGGCCAUGGCAGUAGGGGCAGCAGUCUGCUACUGCUCAAACCUCAAGCCCUCCCCAUUUCUUGGCCAUUUCCCAUACCACCAAGGAAAAUCACCCUCUGGACAAGGCAUUAAGAAUUCAGUUCAUGCAUCUAGAAUCAGUGCACUGUUUUGGGGAGCUAAGAAGGCUGUGGAACCAACUGAAAGGGACCUUUCUCUGGGAGAGUUCAUUUUGACAGGGUCAGGCCCAGAGGGAGUUUCAGAAAAUCAGGUGGCACCAAAGAAGAUAUCACUUUCAGUGGUUUCUUCAAUCUUAGAUGUUCCGUCUCAAGAUUGGGAUGCAUGCAAUAUGGAUCCUACGGGUCCUGAAAAAUUUAAUCCAUUUCUUACCCAUGGUUUUCUUUCAAGCUUGGAGGAGACAGGGUGUGCAGUGAAGGAAACAGGAUGGAUGCCACGGCACAUCAUUGCUAAGGAUGAGUGUGACAAUAUAUUAGGUGUUGUUCCACUUUAUCUUAAAAGCCAUUCUUCUGGAGAAUUUGUUUUUGAUUAUUCCUGGGCUGAUGCCUACUACAGUUAUGGUUCAAGAUACUAUCCAAAGUUACAAUGUUGUGUACCUUUUACUCCAGUCACUGGUCAGAGGAUUUUAGUCCGUAAUAACUCAUACAAAGAUCAAGUCUUUGAUAGCUUAGUCUCUGCAAUGAAGGAUCUGACGGCCAAGUUCCAAGUUUCAUCACUACAUGUUACCUUUCCGACCGAAAGUGAGUGGGACAAAAUGAAGGAAAAAGGUUUUCUCCAGAGGACUGGGAUGCAAUAUCACUGGAAAAAUCGUAAUUACAAAAAUUUUGAUGAGUUCUUGAUGGACAUGAAGCAAAGUAAAAGGAAAAAUAUUCGUCAAGAGCGCAAAAAGAUUUCUACACAAAACUUAACAAUGAAACGGCUUCGGGGAUAUGAAAUAAAGGCUAAGCACUGGGAUUCCUUUUACAAGUUCUAUAGGAACACCACUGAUAACAAGUGGGGUAGUCCUUAUCUAACGAGAGAUUUCUUUCACAACAUGGGAUCAAAGAUGGAAGAUCAAGUACUACUUGUUGUUGCUGAAGAAGGGGAUGAACUUGUUGCAGGAGCUCUCAAUCUUAUUGGAGGAGAUACUUUAUUCGGCCGCUUAUGGGGAUGUCUCCCACGAGCUUAUUAUCCUAGCUUGCAUUUUGAAGCAUGCUAUUACCAGGCAAUAGAAGCAGCUAUUGAACUUAAUUUGAACAAAGUAGAGGCAGGAGCUCAAGGUGAGCAUAAGAUUCAGCGCGGUUAUAUGCCUGUGACAACUUACAGCUGCCAUUACUUUCUGGACAAGGGUUUUGAGAAAGCCAUAAACGAAUUUUUAGUGCGUGAAACGGCUCAGGUUAAGCUUGUUAUGAAACUAUUACACGAAUCCGGUCCUUUCAAGGAUGGUAUACAAACAUAAAAUUGAAGUAUGACUCCUAAACCCUAAUUUAGUUGAAAAUAAAUCAGUGCAUACCUAGAUUUUAUUGUAAAGGUCUUCUUGUACAUGUCAUGAUCAUAUCAGGAAACUUGACCAAAUGUUUUUUUUUUUGUACAUAAUAUAGCAAUGAGAUUACACUGCAAACACAUCCCUAUUUAAUUGCUGAAUUAGGGUUUACCAUGGACCUCCCUGGGCAAGUUUCUGAAUUCAUGUCUAGGGUUCUUAUGAAACUUCAUAUGAUAUGAUGUUCAUAACCUGGAUUGGAAAAUUUUCAUAAUAUUUGCUCUUGAUGGUAUCAAAACUUUUGUGAAGCUUUUCA